AUGGUGGCUGCAAAGAAGACGAAAAAGCCGCUGGAGUCCAUCAACUCGAGGCUCCAGCUGGUCAUGAAAAGUGGCAAAUACGUGCUGGGCUACAAACAGACCCUGAAAAUGAUCCGACAAGGCAAAGCCAAGUUGGUCAUCUUAGCCAACAACUGCCCAGCCUUGAGGAAAUCAGAGAUUGAAUAUUACGCUAUGUUGGCCAAAACUGGCGUACAUCACUACAGUGGCAAUAACAUUGAAUUGGGUACAGCAUGUGGGAAGUACUACAGAGUAUGUACAUUGGCUAUCAUUGAUCCAGGUGAUUCUGAUAUCAUUAGAAGCAUGCCAGAACAGACCAGUGAGCUAUUCCAGUAA